CGUUCCUGAAGUUUACCGCCUUUCUGCGCAUGUAAUACGGAGGUUAUAAAUCUUACGACCCUGGGGCCUUGGCGAGCCCCCUGCUGAAAGAGCUUUCAAGAUUUGCAGCACUCUAGUACGCUUACGUCUAUCAGCUAUUUAGCUAGCCAGUGCUUGCGUGCAGUCGGCCUCCUGCAUCGCAGCUCUAUCGGGGCGGCGGCCCUUAUCCUCCAAUGGACACACCGAGUUGUAGUGUCCCGCUGGAGGGCCAGCCACUGGACUGUUGCGUUAGUCCCAACGCGGGACUUCUAGCCGCGGGCCUGGUCACCGGUCAACUCCAAGUCGCAUCCUUCGCAUGUCCUCCCAGCGCCGAUGGCGCCAGCAGCCAGCUCAGCUACCAGCUCUCCUUCACCGUCCCCCCACCAGAAGACACUCCCUCCGACGCCACCGACGCCACCCCCUCCUGUCGCGCCGUCUGCUUCACACACGACGGCAGUGCCGUACUCGCUGGCUACUCCGACCACAUCGUACGAUCGUACGACACAACCACCGGAAAGCUCGUCCAAACCUUUUCUGGCGAACACGACCAAGCCCUCAGUCGCGUUUACGCUCUAGAUCCAAACGUUUUCGUAUCCGGUGACGAGGAAGGCCUCGUUGUGCUGUGGGACGCCCGCAGUAGCAACGGGAGCGGCAAUGGCUGUAGCGGCAGCGGCAGAGGCAGUAGCAAGAACGCUAGCGGCGGCGGCGGCGGCGGGGGUCGCGGUGCGACGUACCGCUACACCCACCACACGGACUAUAUCAGUGACUUUGCGCUCAACUCGCGAGCGGGGGCGCUUGUGGUGACGAGUGGGGAUGCCACCCUGUCGGUGCAUGACCUGCGCAAGCGCAAGGCGCUUGCCCGCAGCGAGGACGACAACGAUGAUGAGCUGCUGAGCUGCUGUGUGGUGAAGGGCGGUCGCAAGGUGGUGGCGGGCAGCCAGAGCGGCGUGCUGCAGCUGUACAGCUGGGGACACUGGAACGACUGCAGCGACAGGUUCCCCGGCCACCCCGAGUCGGUCCAGGCGCUGGUUGCGUUCGACGAGUCCACGCUGCUGACGGGCUCCUCGGACGGGGGGGUGCGGGUGGUGGGGGUGCUGCCCAACCGCCUGCUGGGAAUACUGGGGCAGCAUAAUGAGGACUUCCCGGUGGAGCGGUUGGCGCUGUCCCACGACCGGCGUGUGCUGGCCUCCACCUCGCACGACUCCGCAGUCAAGCUGUGGGACUUGAGUCUUCUGUUGGAGGACGAUGAUGAGGGCGAGGGAGAGGAAGGAGAGGGAGAAGGCGAGGAGGAGGAAGAGGGGGCGGAGGCGGUGGGAGGGCGGGGCGGGAGUGAGGGCGAGGAGGAGGGAGAGGAGGAAGAAGGGAGUAGUGAUUGGGAGGAGGAGGGUGAGAGCGAGGGUGAGGGUGAGGAAGAUGACGAUGGAGAUGACGGCGACAGCGGGAGUGGGAGUGGGAGCGAGGGCGGGGACGAUAGUGAGGAGGAGGAGGAGAAGGAGGAGGGUGGUGCAGGUGCGGCGGGUGGGAAAGGUAGAGUGAAGAAAGCGGUAGCUGCGGCUGCAGCGAAAGAGGCUGGGCCUGGUACGACCGGUGCAACCAAGGGAGCAGCAGCAACAGCUGCCGCCGCAGCAGCUAACCAGGGUAUUGGGGCGGCUGUGGCAGGCGGAAAGAAGCAGAAGAAGAAGGCCGCAGACAGCGACGGAGACGGCAGCGGUGGCGAUGCUGGGCCGGAGGAGAAGGACAGCGAUGAUGAUGGCGAGGACAGUGACGACGAUGACGGCGGGCGGAAGCGCAAGCGCGCCAGGCAGGAGCGCACGAAAUGGACCCGUGGGUCGGAGGCGGCUAAGAAGCCCGCUGGCAAUUUCUUCGCGGACUUGCUGUAGGCGGAUUGCUGUGUGGAUGAGCCGUGUGUUGGUGUGGGUGAAUAGAAGUAGAGAGAUGGAUGCGGGAGGAGGGGAGGGGAGGUAUGUAGCGGGGAGCGAGGUGAGGAGGAAGAAACCUACGGUGGGUGUCCGAAAUGCCCGAAUCCGGACCUACAGGACCUUUCGACAUGAUCAAACUGAUUGUUAUGACGCUUUGAGCGGCUAGUGCGUGCAACAGCAGUUGAGACAUCCGGCUACCAUCCUCCGGCUUUAAACGCGGAAUAUCGUUACAGUAUUAUAUGACAAAGCCUGAAGCCCUUACGCUUGCCUGCAUUCUAAGCGGCGCCAGGAGGGUAUAGUGGGCAAUCCAGCACUUGUCAAUAUCACUUACUACCUUCUAUAACGAAACCGAAACGUUAUCAUCGAGAGUGCGCGAUGUGGCGAUGGGGUUCAAAUGACCAAAGUUGGUUUCGAAGCAAUGACAUCAACUGUUGCUGUGCUAAGUCAACAACCGAGACGGCACCAACACCUGAGGAUAAUAACUGAGUACAAUAAGUUUGCCACCGGUCUUGGGUGGAAGUUUGCGACUUCGCUGGAUUUACCGACAACCGACUCCUUCCCUGGAUCGGUGCUCACUUGUCCCAGUUGUCUUGUUCCUUCGCCAAACAACGCUGUACGCCGUCCCACAUCUUCGCUGUACUAUUGCAUCUUUCCAUGCGCGUCGCGUUCGGGCUCCGAUACCAUCAGCUUCAAUCCGCACCGCAUCUCCAUCGUGCGCUGUCGACUUGAUCUCCUUAACCAAAGCAGCAACACCAAAAGCGACGAAUGACCACUGAGCUGCAUACCGUGGUGUUUGGGCCGGACAGGCUGCCGGGAUUCGAAGUGGGCAACACCUCAGACCCUGCAGUCGUCUUCCUGCAGGAGUGGUGGGGCAUCACCCCCAUCGUGAAGCAGCAGGCGGUCAUGAUCGCCUCCCGCGGCUUCCGUGUGCUCGUGCCCGACCUGUACAAGGGGGUGAUGGGGGUGGACAUGGAGGAGGCGGGGCACCUCAUGACCCACCUGGACUUCCACCGGGCAGUGGAGGAGAUCAAGCAGGCGGUGCACUACCUGAGGGACAGCGGCUCGCCAAAAGUGGGCAUCAGCGGAGGUUGCAUGGGCGGUGCGCUGUCCUUCGCGGCCGCGCAGCACGUGCCGGGGCUGGCGUGCGCGGCGCCCUUCUACGGCACUCCUGCGCGGGAGAUGCCCUGGAUUAAGGUUGACAAGAUCCGCAUCCCGGUGCAGUACCACACCGGAAUGCUGGACCCAAUCAGGGGCUUCAGCGACCCACGGAACGCCAUGGAGGUGACGGAGCUGAUGAAGGCCGGCGGGUGCGACGUGGAGUUGCACCUCUACCCCGCCACCCCGCACAGCUUCCUGAACGCACUCACGGAGGAGGGGGUGGCGUUCCUGGAGAAGUGGCGUUACGGAGUGCCGCCCGCCGAGCAGGUGACACUGGCGUUCGAGCGCCUGAUCGCCUUCCUCAGCAAACACCUCAAGUAGGGAGAGGGAGCAGCAAGCUAAGGGCAUCAAGUAGGGAAGGGGCGAGAGGAUUCGGGGAGCGAGGGAAGGUGCAGAGAUGCCUAGACACAUAGGGCUUUGCUGCAGCAGGCCAGCUGGCAGGAGGGAUUCCUGCAGACGCGUUUUGACGUCGCGGUAACGCUGCUUUGGAAGGAGGCCGUGCUGUUGGUUAAUUCUUGGGUAGUCGACCCCGGCGCAGCCGCCUACCGGUAGCUAUGGUGCUACAUGUGUUUAGUGUAGGUAACGAAUAGGCAACGCAACCAGGGAGGGAGUGCGAUGAUGGCGGUGGAGCCAUCCAUUACGGCAGAGCUGCGCCUCCUUUGGAUGCAGUUGUAACCGGCGGCUUUGCGGGGGGGGGGUAACCUGCAUGUCGCUUGUUGCAGUACCGUAACGUGGG